AUGGUAACACACCGAUGCCAGUUACCUACACCGGACAUCUUCGAGGAGCUCCCCCGUAUCUCAUUCAAGAAUGAAACCCUAUCUCAGGAUGUUCGUACCAUGAAGCUUCUACAACUGGCUAUCAACAAUCUGGUCAACGUUCGCACUUUAAGGAUCAUCCAGGGACACUGGAACCUUACUCGUGGGCUUUUGUACGGCUUCUUCCAUCGCCACCGUAUCAGUACCACGCCCGUGCGAAGGCUUUGGCUGGAGAACUGCUCCAUUGAAGGAAUGGAACUGGACUUCCAAGAUCAGCUGCGAACGGAGGGCUUGGAGAGCGUCCGGUUUCGACGCAUGCACAUUGCUCAACAUCCAAGAAGACGUAAGGAAGUGUACGCCCUUGCUCGCGGCGGUGACAUGACGAGGCUCGACGAUAGCAGAAGCGGAUUCUACCAAACUACAAUCCGGUUUGAGAAGGUGUUCGAUUCUACCGAAGGAGAGCCAGGCAUCCCUUCCGGAGCACUAGCUUUCGAUGACGAAGCCCACAGGGCAUGCAAAAGCCGUGAUGUUCUUGGAGGUCAAUCAUGCCGAGAGCAUCCAUUGCUCCCCGAGUUCACGAUGGACCCGAUCGGGUUGAUGAGCGGGAUGCUAUUGAACGCCUCUGGUACACUCACCUCGCUCAACUUGGACUGGGUUCUUGUGUGCGACACUCCGAUUGAUGAUAGCUCAGAGCUAGAGCCCGACGGUGGAAUGACUUUAAGAUACCGGAUUUUACACAUGCUAGCAGAUCUUCGAUUCCCGAACCUACGCUCAUUCCAGCUACGGAAUGCGGUCAUGGUCGAAACCGCGCCUGCAUGGGGCCACUAUCUGCUAGACACUGAGCCUUUGCUAUCUUUCAUCGAAGCUCAUUCCACACUCCAAUGUUUGGCUUGGCCAAUAAAUCGCUUCUUCUCCCAUCAAAAGCCAAGCGAGUCAAUAGCACAACGCGCUCGCAACGUCAUAGACAGUCUGUCGAGCAACUUGUUGGAGCUUCGCGUAGACUCAGACUACUUCCGACAUGGCGAACCUCUCACCGAUGUUGCAGGUGACCAACCAGCUGUCGCAAAGCGUACUCGCCGUCGACGCUUCAUUUCCGAGUUCGCAGCCCAGAUGACUAAUGUACAGCGUCUCAAAUUGGAAGGCGGCAUUCCACGCGACGAAAAGCGCGAGACGAUCCGCGCCAUGCAUCGAUGCCCUUUGUCGAAAAUCGUCAUGAUAGGUGUCUCAUGUCCGUACGGCAAUGUGAAUCCUCCUACGCACUGGCAGCCUGUUGAGGGGAACGAGCAUGAGUCGGCAAUCCGCGCCUUCGCAUCUGCAAAGCUCAUCACUCCCGAAGCGGGCUGGAAGUUUACGCCAGAGUACGGCUGGGAAUACGGACCACCGAUGCUGUACCAUGUGGCCACUCAUUUUGCACAGACGAUCAGAGAACUCAGGCUUUGCGGUUACGAUGGCGCUCCCGUGCUCUAUGAUCCGAAGCCGCUACAGAACCCGCUGCUGGAGAACCUCAGGCAUUUCGUCAACCUGGAAAGGUUGGUGCUUUCUUUCGACCUGGAUACAUGGUUCGACAACGAGUGGCGCGACGAAGAGAUCGUGGCGUAUUGGCUUGAUGCUCGCGACUCAAGUCGCAAAGCGCUCGCCGUCGUCCCUUCCGAGGAUCAAGAAGAGGGUUCUUGGACCAAGCUUUUGAGGGAGAGAUUUGCACCACAAGCAUUAGCAAACCAGGUAGCGGAGCAGCUGGGACUGCUGCUGCCGGAGCCGGCGAAGAAGAGGGGCAUGAAGAUCAGGGCGAGCUUCAGCCUUGGCGACGAGAGUGUUGAUAUCUGGGACCUGGACAUCAGGGUUCAGAUGGAUGCAGUGGGUGAGAAGCUUCUGGUGAAAGAGUUAGUGGGGCCCAGGGAGGAGGGCGAGAAGGAAAGGCGGGAGGCGAAGCUUGAGAAUCGGAGUUGGUUCUAG